ACUGCCCCGAAUCAUGAGGGAGCCAACAAAAUCAAAAAAGAUAAAAAGAACAAAUGCAAAUCCAACGCUAUAACUAUAUUCUGCUAUUACUGAUAGCAUCAUCGUUGUUGAAUCCAUCAUCAGCAAGCAAACAAUCCAGUUUUUGUAGCAGCGAAGAAGUUUUUCUCGAGUCGAAUCCAAUGGCAACUCUUGGGGGUAUAAAGGAUUCACCUGCUUCCAACAGCGCCGAGAUCGAUGGUCUCGCUCGUUUUGCCGUCGAUGAGCAUAACAAAAAAGAGAAUAAAAUGUUGGAGUUGGCAAGGGUGGUAAAGGUGCAAGAGCAAGUGGUUUCUGGGACUUUGCAUCAUCUUACUUUGGAGGUUGUUGAUGUGGGUGAGAAGAAAUUAUAUCUUGCCAAAAUCUGGGUGAAGCCAUGGUUGAACUUUAAGGAACUUCAAGAAUUCACACAUAUUGGUGAUGCCACCACCACUUCACCUAAUCUUGAUGUCCAAAAAGGUAACAUAUUGCAUCCAAUUUUCAAGAUUUUUCUAACCAUUAUCUAUUUAUUAACCAAAAUCUUGAAAGCAGAUGAUGAGUCGAUGACUAUUCAUGGAGAUUUCCAGGAUGCUGCAAGUCAUGCCCUCAAGACACUGCAACAAAGGUCUAACUCGUUAUUUCCUUACGAACUGCAAGAAGUUGUUCAUGUAAAAGCGGAGACUGUGGAUGGAACUGCGAAAUAUGAUCUGGUGUUGAAGGUGAAAAGGAGUGAUAAGGAAGAGAAGUUUAAGGCGAAUGUGCACAAGGACAAGGAUGGGAACUUUCAUGUGAACAACAUGGUGCAGGAUCACUCCUAAUCUGAACUUGGUUUAUGAUACUGACAAAAGAGUGUUUUUUUGUGUGAUAAAUAAUGGUUUGUAACUGCAUCAUACUUUCAGGAUCACUACGACUUUGUAUGUUUUAUGGUUUGCAAUAGUUUAUUUCUUGGGUUCUUGAAUUGUUUGGAUUUUGGUUUCUAGUUCAUAAUUUGUAAAAUUCUCUUUUGUUUAAUUAUAGUUUUGUGUGUUCUGUUUAAA